CGCUAAAGGACAGUUUAUAAACUACUUUUCUUUUCUCUAGCAUUCGAGAAAAAUCCCUUUAUCUCCAUCUUGACCGAAAUACUCUCACGCUACCAUCCCAGGCGCCUUGCGCGUGGUCAUCCUUUACGCCCUUUCAUUCUCAUGACAUUGUUUUAGCUUUACGUGUUCACAACCUCUGUAUUAUAAUCGUCUAAUCUAUUAGAUUUCUUUAUAAGCCACCCAUUAUGACGACAACGGUGUCAUCAUCAGCACUUGGUGCUAGUGAACAGUUCUUUCUAUCUAGUCUCAACGCUCCCAUCACUGGGCAACAAGAUAGCCAGGACCAGAUUUCGAGCUUUGGGCAAGGUGCCUUUAAAAACGAUCGAAUUCGCAGACCUACGCGAGUCAAUAAAUCUCGCAUUCGACGCCACAAGCCUCUUCCUUCACGUUCAUCAUGGGGGUACGGUGACGAGGACGACCGCCGUUUGGCGGCUGACCCCUCCGUCAUCCUGCCUAGCGACCGAAGACCUAAGAAGCCUCGACUCGAACGUCAAGAAGCCUUUCGUGAGCCAAACACGCAGUUCUACCAUUCCGAUAUAGUCGACGACGACGCAGAGCUAUACAAGCUAGGUCUUCUGUACGACGAUGAACACGUGCGCGGAUCCCGUUUUAGCUUGGACACCAUUGUUCACUCGGAUCCCGUAUACUCGGUCCGCCCAGCGAAACGAGCCAGGAAGCAGCGUCAGGAUACAUCUUACCUGCACCUGGACCUAUCUUUUGCCUCCCUAGGUUCGGACUCGGAUCUUCAACAUUACCUAGUCCCCGAACUGGCCUUACUCACCCCACCUCCCGAAGACGCCCCAGUAAACGAGGGGCGUCGCGGGAAUGACAUCACACCGGCGCGCUCCUACAGGGACGCCGUCAUGGCAACCAUCCCAGAGCUCCCGGAGAGCUCGAUCCACUCAUUAGACGCGCUCAUCGCGGAGAAAACCUGGUUUCCCGAAUUAAUCCCCGACAUAGAGACGGACAUCGAAGAAGACGAAGAAGAUGGACAGGACUGGGCGUUACUAGAUAACGCAGAUGUCCUAAGCACCACUGACACCGAUGCUCUGACGGAAGACACCGCGGACGCGACCUCGGCUACCGGCGAAGCCUGGAUUGUGCUGGGUGACGGCUCGUAGCAGAUCCGCAUCAGAGACCCCCGAAUGCCCCCUCGGGUCUCGGCUGUUAGAUCGCAGCGUUCGUCUGCGCGGAUUGGCCCUCUUUUACCCCAGCACACCAGG